GUGCAGCAAUUUCGCUUCGAAGUGAAGCAAUGAAAUGUGUUCGAGUUGCUGAUGUGCUCCUAAUAGUUGCAUUAAGCUUUUUAUAUGCGCCCAUUUUCCAGAUCGUUAUGAGGCUGUAAGAAAAAAGCAAACCCGGACUUGAAGUCCUUUGAUCCAUUAUCUAUUUAUCAAUUCCACAUCCACUGUUAUUGUUGAUGACUUUGUAUCCAGAACUGAUUCACAAUCAACAUGAAUGUACACACGCGCGCGCGCUGGAGAUAACUGCAGGUACAAAUAAUUAUAUAAAUGAACAACAAGCGAUUGACUCAUCAGAAAUGCAAGACACCUAGGUGAAUCCCGACCUUCGUGCGUAAAUUUUUAAGAACCUGUUUGGACGAAAUCGCUACAAUAUGGGCAGGCUAUCACACUGGAAGAACAGACGGGCGUUGAAUUAAAACGUACCAGCGAAUAAAAAACGACUAUGCCUAUUAUAUGCUGGAAAUAUUAUAACUGGGGCAUGUUUUUCUCUUUUCAUAUCUGGAUAGCAGAUUGCGAGGUCUGGUAAACACACAGAAGGUACGCGGGAGUAUGGCAAAUUCUUGGAAAUAACACGGGGGGCAGACCAAUUCCGGAUGCAAUCAAUCCACACAACUACCAUUUUCUUUUAUAUUUUAAAUAAGAUUGGAUGGAGGGGGCGAGAAGACAAGCUCGGGAUGUACUACAGUAGGAGAAGAGGAGCAAUUAUUUAGCCUCCUAUAAUUGUGGAAGGGUCAUCACUGUUCAAGCCGCCUGCAUAAGAAAUUCCCACCUUUACAUGGAGAGUGAAACCAACGUGCAUCGGGGAGUUUUCGUGUGGAGGAGGUGAAGGCUGGGCUUCUGCUUGGAGACAACCCCCAGCAGCUGAAGACCGCUGGGACAGUGUUCUUCGUCGCUAUCACCAGCAGCAGCGGGAGAAAGCACUUCAAAGUUCAGUCGGCCUCACCGUUAGCUAUGUUCCCUGGGCUGAGAGGCACUCACACUUUCAGACUUUGACGAACGUGUUAUUUUAGAUGCUGUGAUGCGUGUGUGUGUCAGAGGGCAGCGAUAACGGAAGCUAAGCACGGAGCGCCACUGGACUGGGAAUCCUCGGAUCCUGGAAUUUUGAACGGGAGACCCCAUCAAAGUGGUUGGAGGCUUUUCCAGGACCUGUUGUUUUCUGACCUUGCGCUGUUGGGGUAAUUCAAGGACAGUUUAUUUCCCCCCCCCCUCUCUGUGGAGUUUUUGGGCGUCUGCUCGUGGCGCGCGGCAGCGGUUCGGGGGACAUGAUGGCGAGGCCGGGCUCCGGCGUGAUGGUCUCGGUGAACGGGCUGGGGUACCCCCCGCAGAACCUGGCGCGGGUGGUGGUGUGGGAGUGGCUGAACGAGCACGGGCGCUGGCGGCCCUACAGUGCCGCCGUGUGCCACCACAUCGAGAACGUGCUGAAGGGCGACGCGCGUGGCACGGUGGUGCUGGGACAGGUCGACGCCCAGCUGGCCCCUUACAUCAUCGACCUGCAGUCCAUGCAUCAGUUCCGCCAGGACACAGGCACCAUGCGGCCGGUGCAGCGGAACUUCUACGAGCCGUCGUCGGCCCCGGGAAAGGGCGUGGUCUGGGAGUGGGAGAACGACAACGGCUCCUGGACGCCCUACGACAUGGAGAUCUGCGUGACCAUCCAGAACGCGUACGAGAAACAGCACCCGUGGCUGGACCUGACCUCCCUGGGCUUCUGCUACCUCAUCGACUUCAACGGCAUGGCGCAGACCAACCGGCAGAGCCAGCGCAAGCGGCGGCUGCGGCGGCGCAUGGACCUGGCCUACCCGCUCAUCAUGGGCUCCAUCCCCAAGUCGCAGUCCUGGCCGGUGGGCGCCAGCUCGGGGCAGCCCUGCUCCUGCCAGCAGUGCAUCCUGGUCAACAGCACCCGCGCCGCCUCCAACGCCAUCCUGGCCUCGCAGCGCCGCAAGGUGUACGGGGGGGCGGCGGGGGCGCCGGCGGGCACCCUCACCAUGGUGCGGCAGAGCAACACCUUCGCCGGCGCCUCCCUCUGGUCGCCGGGCUCCGGUGCCGGCGGCAACAACAACAACAUCGGCGCCGGGGGCGGGCACGGCAAAGCGGAGCAGGUGGGGCCGACGCAGGGCGGGGGCAGCUUUGCCCGCUCCCCGGCCCUGCCCGCCAUGCCGUCCACCCACGCCCUCACCAUUAACGGACAGAACAACCUGAACCGGCCCGGCACGCAGCGCGUCUCCAUGGGAACUGCCAGGGGCGCCAUCCCUCCUGGUGUUCCUGCUCUCCCAGUGAAGAACCUGACCGGCUCUGGACCAGUUCACCCAGCACUGGCAGGCAUGACCGGCAUCCUGAUGUGUGCGGCGGGGCUGCCGGUGUGUCUGACCCGCGCGCCGAAGCCCAUCCUGCACCCGCCGCCCAUCAACAAGAGCGACAUGAAGCCCGUCCCCGGCGUCAACGGCAUCCGCCGCAAGACCAAGAAGAAGCACCUGAGGAGAGGGAAGAACCCAGAGGACGUGGUUCGGAGAUACACCGAGAAAAUCAAAGUGGUUCCAGAUGAGGACUGCACCAUCUGCAUGGAGAGGCUGGUGACCUCAUCGGGCUACGAGGGGGUCCUCAGCCACAAGGGCAUUAAGCCAGAGCUGGUGGGCAAGCUGGGCAAGUGCGGGCACAUGUACCACCUGCUCUGCCUGGUGGCCAUGUACAACAACGGGAACAAGGACGGCAGCCUGCAGUGCCCCACCUGUAAAGCCAUCUACGGGGAGAAGACGGGCACCCAGCCCCCGGGGAAGAUGGAGUACCACGUCAUCCCCCACUGCCUCCCCGGCUACCCGGAGUCCAAGACCAUCCGCAUCGUCUACGACAUUCCCGCUGGAAUCCAGACCACAGAACACCCAAACCCAGGGAAGAAGUUUAGUGCCAGAGGUUUCCCGAGACACUGCUAUCUCCCUGACAACGAGAAGGGCAGGAAGGUCCUCAAGCUCCUCAUCAUGGCCUGGGACCGGCGCCUGAUCUUCACCAUCGGCACGUCCAGCACCACGGGCGAGUCGGACACGGUGGUGUGGAACGAGAUCCACCACAAGACCGAGUUCGGCUCCAACCUGACGGGACAUGGCUACCCCGACCCCAACUACCUGGACAAUGUGCUGACGGAGCUGUCGGCCCAGGGGGUGGGGGAGGACAACCUGAAAGACUGAGAGGCUGGAGCAGGGCUGCCAGAGACACCACGCCACCGCCCUCUUCCCCCGUGGCGGGGGGGAGGGAGGGAGGGGUCUUCGGUCGGAAAGAAGGAAAUGAAUCGCUGAACAUUGUCCUUUUAUUCCCCACCCCCCAAAAAGCAAAUAGUCUUCAAUGGACAUGCGUACAACAGAGUGAAAGAAAUGUACGAAACAGAACAUGUUCAAUCUUUUUUAGCGUCUGGCUAAAAUAAUGCUUAAGAAGGGGUGUGUGAUGUAUAUGUGGAUGUAUAUAUAUAUAUAUGUAUAUGUAUAUAUAUAUAUAUAUAUGCACACAAACAUAUUUCCUAUGUAAUUUCCUAUAAUCCUAUGUAUUUUUCUCUCUCUUUCCAUGCCUUUGGCCUUGGGCAUGCGUAAUCUUGCCAAAUUUGAAAACUGAAGGGGUUAAAGAAAUGAAAGCGGAGACAACAAGCCGAAUAAUAAGUUGCUGGCCGAUGUUAGCAGGGGCUGUUGUGUGGGUUGCUGCGGUGUGCUGAUUGGCUGGCAGUGAUCAGAGGGGCGGGGACAGAAGCCUGUGUGUUUCUGGACUGCAGUGAUUGCCUGGAACAUUUAAGAGUGUUCUAGAGCAACAGGGGAAGUCACUGGUUGAUGGACACACCUGUAUUUUUUUUGGAAGGAAAUGUACUUUGAUGCCCCAUAAUUUCUGCAUCUUGAAUACUGACAUUGUGUCGGUAGUACGACUGGCUUGCACUUGUAAACUCAAGUCAGGUUCCGUUUGUCCUAGUUUCGAGAAAAUGUAUGUGUUAAUUAUUAGCGAAAUCCCCUUGUUGUUGGUCUUGUGAAGCAUCAAAAAUGGGAAGUUUUUCAACAUCCAGUUGCUUCUCGUUGAAUGGAAUUAUUUUCAGUUUGAAAAGUUGGACCAGCAAGCUGAAGGACUGGCCACAGCAUCUUUGUGUACCAGGAUCUUGAGACCACAAGUCACUGAGGCUAAAUGCGGUGUAAUAUGUCAAUCAUGCUGAAGUUGCACAAUUCAAACACACAUAGAAAAACCAACAUAUUUAAUGCAAGUAUGAAACCUUAACUCCCAUUUAAUCAUAACAUUAUUGUAUCCUUAUUUUAUUUUAUUUUUUUUGCCUGGGAUUGUUUGGUAUGGAAAUGCUGAAGGGAAAAAUGGCAUGUAGAAUGAAGUUAUUCCUGAUAUGCGCAGUUGAGUCCGUAGAUGUGUAUGUUGACUGCAGUGGCCAGCUUACUGUUUCUCAAGUAUGAGAGCAAACUAUCCGGACUGCAAUAGAAAUGAGCCAGCACCACGUGCAGCAGUGGCAGCGAGGAAAACAUGAGUCUCGCAUCUGAACUGAGAGAGAGAGGGAUGUCACGUCGCUUAGCCUUGGUGGACCUCACAGUGCAGAUUCAAAUUUUCUCAAAUUGGAUCGGUGUUUUCUGCCAUCACAGUUUGUCAUCAGGUAAGCAAUUUACGUAUCUCAGACCUCUUUUUGAAAAAAGGGGCCCAGCCUUCGCUGAUGUCUCCCCAAGGUUAAACUCAUUUGCUCUGGCAGGGGGGUGACAGCGAGCUUCCGAGAAUAAGUCAUGCUUAUUACGUGCGCCCAUCGAGGAAAGGCGACCGUUGGCGCGAUCAAUCACGGUCAGGCUGCGCGCACGCUGGCCGACCGUUAAUGAGAUCUCCCGCUCAGUCCUUGACCAGAAGCUGAACGUGUUUUCACAGCCUCGGCGAGAGACUUUCUCUCAGCGGGCAUUCAUCACCGCCGGGCGGAUCUGUCUGAUGUGCGGUCCCUGCGGGUCUUCUGGCUACAGCAGAGGACGCGCCUGUAAUCGCACUGAAGGCUGUAAUGCCCCAUCAUGCUGACGUGGCAGGGGGAAUUUUAGCUUCCUUCAGCUGGGUAAGGCAAACACUUUGAGGGAACCUUUGUUUCCGUGUUUCUGUCCAGCAGCUCCGGGGACCCUCUGACGUAACGCAGCCCCUCGUGCCAUUUCUCUUUGCCAGGAAGGAGCUGUCCUGCACCGACACAAUGCGUUCUCUCAGGAGGACAACUCCAGAAAUAUUUCAUCGGUUUUAAAUGACCGAAAAUGUUUUUUUGAAUCCAAAAGUGAUUAACGGUGAAAUUGAUGGCAUGUUACCCUUGUUGUCAGCAAGACUUGUCGGUUGAAUCCUUUAAAGGCUUUUGAAUAUUGGACCUGGUCGUUGUCUUCCUUAGCACUUUGAGGCACCGUCAUUAUUUUAUCCCUCCUUUCAUAUAUUAGGUUGUCUUGAGACUUCUGGUAACUUAGCGUUUUAUUUGAAUGUUUAUUAAGUGUCUUGUAUUGCUUAUAAGCAUACUUUUACAUAACGUGUGUUCUACAUUUAAGCUAAGUUCAACGUCUUUGAGAGAAUUUGUGAGGUUAAUUUAUUUUUUAUACUCUUCUGUAUGAUGAAAAACAUUAUAUACAUAAAUAUAUAUUAUACAUACAUUUUUUUAAAGAACUGGCAAAGGAUUUGUCAGACUGUCAGGGACUGUUACAAUUAUGUAUGAACUUGUGUUGAAACGUUGUAAUGUCUUAUAUUACCACAAUAGUUUUAGAUUUUGCGCAUUUGCUGCUGUGGUUACUGUAAUGUAGUAGAUUCUCUGUAGAUGACUCCCUUGAGGUAAACUCAAUAAGUAGAUCUCUCUCUAAUACACAUAUAUGAGGGGUGUACCUGCAUGGAAAAGUUGGCCAACCCUUCAGAAUUUUACCUUUGAAACUGUGGAGAAGUUAGGAGAGUUCAUGUCCCACCUCAUGCAUAUCUUCAGCCUUUCCCACAGGCAAAUUCUUCUAUUGUGCCAUUUUGUUUGUUCUAAAUUUAUUUUCUUAUUUGCUUAAUUGAAUUGGGAGGCUUUGCUAAGAGGGAAAAACAUAUCCAAACCAUAUCAGGGAUUCAUAUAGGGUGAGUUAUUUCAAUUUCUUUCUUUUUUUUUUGGUUGGUGGGUUUGGACAGGCUGAUCAACUGAGAAGCACCACCUUGUUCUCACCGUUUUUAUCCCCUGUACACAUCCCCUAACCUUACGACAGGCCACGCGUUUACUUCUCCACAGAGCACGUCUCCUGCAGGUGUCCUUAGGUAGCGGACGCAGGGAUGCACGCGUGCUCUUCGCAGCUCGACAGAAAGUUCAGUCCCCCCUGCGCGGGACGGCGCACGUUGACAGUGUGCAGGGACUGGGGGGGCGGGGUGCACAGGCCAGGGUGCGGAUUUCAGAGCGUCUGUGCAGAAGAGGAAAAAGGGCCUCUUCUGAAAUCUGAAAAGAGGUAGGGGGACGUGGUCGUAGGCCGUGCUUGCAUGGUUUAGGUAUUGGAGUGUCGCCAUCCCGCUCUCACAUUUCCGCAUUUCCAGCCUUAACAAAGCCAGGGACAUUUUGUUAUUUAAUAUUUCCACAUUCUUCUCGAAACAUCGUUCAGCGAUAAAUACUUAUCCGUUUUAUACAAGUAUAUUCAUUGAUUUUAUCAUGAACAUUCCAUAUAUUUGCAAUAUAUUUUAAGUAAAUGUGUCACCUCGCUUUAUUGCUCUGACGGAGGUGGGGGGGUCGGGAGAAUGGACGUUUGAUCCCUGAACGAAUCUCUAUUGUUUGUUUAUCCCCACCGAGCUCUGUAUUUACGUGCUUUUUUUCCAAUAUGUCAUCUUGUACGCUCAGGAGCAAAGUUGGGAGUGCGAGUGUGCGCGCGUGCGUGAGCUUAAUAUGAACCCGCGGGAUGUGAGAUACUCAGUUGCAUAUUUGCGACGGAGACAGAAAUCUUUUUUUCGUAUUGAGGAUGCAUGUUAUCCAUAUUGUGUGAAAAGCAGGCGGACAUCCCUUAGCGUUUAAAAAAAUGGAGUCGUGAUUAUUAGUAAGCUGUAAUGGUGAUGAUGGUGAUGUGUCAGUGAUCUUGGGGAAUGCCGUGGGUUGUGUAACAGCUGUGGCCCUGUCCAGUGUGGGUCUGUGAGAUAUCUCUUGAGAAGCGGCCAGCGGGGAGAGUUUUUUUUUUGCGUUUCUCUCUCAUCUGUUGUGUGUCCCCACGCACAGGUUUUUUAAAAAAUCAUUUAUUUUGGGACUCUGCAUCGGACGUGCCCACUCUUCUCAUGGACGUGAUGUGAGAGCCGUGCAGCCAUUUUCAGUCUCCAUCUCUGUUCAUGGUGACUAAGUAUAGUAGUUAAUAGUAGUUAAUAGUUUAUAUGAGGAAAACCUUAUAUAAAAAGGCAAUGGACCGUUUAAAAAUAUGUACUAAUUAAAUAUACCGUCAAAAGAGGAAAAAAAUACGAGCAAGAUUUAGAAACAUUGUUUCACACGAUAAAGGGCUUCUUAUUCUACUGGUCUUUAUUGAAUCCUGAUGACCUUGUUGCAUGUUUGUGUGUUUCUCGUGCAAUAAAUGUUCCCUUGUCAAAGGGGUUGUUUGACCGCU